AUGUGUUGUGCAGAGGUCGCUGCCAUUGAGGAUGACACAUCCAGGGAGCUUUCUGUUGGUGAACUGCUGGAGAGAGCCAACAGAGACCGCACCCCUGACUUCGAUGAGCCCAUCCUGAUCGGAGGCGACAUCGCCAUCAAGUCUGAGGCUGACAGGAACGCUGACCCCUGCACCUCCAGAGGCUGUCUGUGGCGCAGGUGGAGUGACGGGAAGGUCUACAUCCCUUACUACAUCGCUAACCACUUCUCCUCCAGAGAGCAGGCCAUCAUCAUUCGUGGACUGGAGUCCUUCUCUUCUGUUUCCUGCAUCCGUUUCAGACCCUACCAGAAUGGUGAUAGUGACUGGCUGAACAUCGAGUCCAGGGACGGCUGCUACUCAUUCGUGGGUCGCCAGGGCGGUGGUCAGACCGUCUCUCUGAGCCGUCAGGGCUGUCUCUACCACGGCACCGUCCAGCACGAGCUGCUCCAUGCCCUUGGCUUCAACCAUGAGCAGACUCGCUCUGACAGGGACAGCUAUAUCCAGGUGUACUGGGACAACAUCAUUGAUGGCAUGGAGUACAACUUUUACAAGAUUAACACUCUGAACCAGGGAACUCCUUAUGACUACAACUCUGUCAUGCAGUACGAGAGGUACGCCUUCUCCAAGAACAACCGUCCCACCAUGGUGCCCAUUCCCAACAGCAAUGUGUCCUUUGGCCAGGCCACCCAGAUGAGCAGGAAUGACAUCGACAGGCUGAACAGGCUGUACAAGUGCUAAACUGUAUGUGACCUUUGGCCUGCUGCCUGGAUGACAUCAGAGCAGAUGAGGCAGAGGAGGACUUCAGACAGUUUGGAUGGUCCUGGAACAAUAAACCUGCAAACUUCUAACCAUAAAAGCUGACUGCUGUUUAAUGAUGUAAAAAGAUAUAAAAGAGCAUCUCAUUCUGUUUAAUAUCACAUAAGAAAUAAACCAUCAGUGUAAACAGCCUCUGAUCAGGAAAUAAGGCCACUUUCAUUCUACUGUUACAACUCAUCCAUGUUCAUUUAGCAUAAAGACUGUAAACAAAGGGAAAGCUAGCCUGGCUCUGUGCAACAGUUACAGUGCAUAUUGAUUAACAUGUUAUAUCUCCACUAAAAACAAGUAUAAACAGUAAUUUCACUGUUUCAUCACUGUCCUUCUAUUGAAAAAGUCAAACUAAUACACAUCACCUACAUUCACACAUCCACUGACUGGAUGCUUAUAAAAAUCAUUUCUUUGCUUCGACUUCAGAUGUCAUUUUCAUAAGACUUUCAAGUGGUGAUACUGCACACACAUCAGUCACUGUAGUGGCCAAAAACCUUCAAUUGAGUCUGUCCUUUAACUUGUCCUAUUUCUCUUUUAUCUUGGUGGUGGGAGCAGGGUGUUUGACGCGCAGUCAUAAAAGAUCCAGUGACCCGUGUUGUUCUGAGAUGAAUUGAAUUUAUUGUUAACAUGAAAAACAAAAAAGUAAGGCAAAAUAUGACAUUUCCUGUGUGUCCAAUGAUCUUGAUGUUGCUGUGGUCAAUGACAGUAUCGCUGCUUCCGUUUGCCGAUCCCUCAUCUCACCUCAACCUUCAAACUUAAAGGUUAAGCCCCGCCCUCACCACCUGAGGAGGGAGGAGGGCACAUACGUACUGCAACAAAUAAAAUUCAUUGUUUUUAAUCAGUAGUUCAUUCUAAAUAAUUAAUAUGUCCAGUGAAUAGAAAUAAAUUACAUAGCCUUAAAUGCGGCUCCUACACACCGGCCCCUAAUUGUUCUGAUCAGAAUCAAUUAUUCCAAUUUAACUGCAAAAAAGGGAGCCGUACCAUUACCAAUGACUAACUAAAGAAUUUAGAAAAAACAAACAAAAAAGAAGUAUAUACAUUACACCCCUCAUAGAUGUCUUUUGUUCUUCUGGAGGAGGACCUGUUACUCCUCUGCUUCAGUCUCUAGGAGACGGCACAGCUUUGUUACAGGCCUCUCGAUGACUGAAGUUUUGGUCUUGAGUUUUACUGAACGAACCAGACCUCCUGCAUCUGGUUUGGUCUCCAGUAUCUU